AUGGACGACGACAUUGGGAGGAAAGCAAUAAGGCAUUAUGCCAUUGUAAGAGGUUUUGAGUUUGCUGGCCUCCAAACAGACCCAACAAGAUUCAUUGCCAAGUGUGCAUAUAAAGGCUGUCCAUGGCGCAUCCAUGCUUCUAGGCUUCAAGGUCAAAGCACAAUUCAGAUCAAGGUUCUACCCGUAGAGCAUAAUUGCCCAACAACCAAGCUUGUAGAAGGCAAGAUGGCUACUCAAGGCUGGGUUGCAGACAGGUUAUCUGAUUGGGUGAAGAAGAACCCUCACAAAGGGACAAAAGAAGCAAAGGAAAAGUUAGAGUCAGAGUAUGGAAUAAAGUUGAAGUAUUCCAAAGCCUGGUCAGAGACAGAAGAAAACUGGGUAUGGUUCAUGGAGCAGUUACAAAAGGCUGUAGGCUCCCCACCUGGUUUGGUCAUAUCUACAGAUGCAUGCAAAGGAUUGGAAACUGCUUACCAAGGUGAUGUUUUCACUGACCACCUAUAUCCAGCAGCAAGAGCUUACACUGAAUGGCUGUUCAAAUGGCACAUUAGCAAGAUAUAUGAAGUUGCCCCAGAUGCAAUUGUAUACCUUGAAGAGCAUCACAACAGGUUGUGGUAUAGGUGUUGGUUUUCAGAAGCAAGCAAAUGUGAUUGCCUGACAAAUAAUGUCUCAGAAAGUUUCAAUAGUCAGGUUAGGCACUUAAAGGGACUACUACUUCAUGAGUUAGUUGAUGGAAUAAGAGAGCUCAUAAUGGAGAAGAGGUACCUUAGAAAGCAGAUAGCAAACAAGAUGGAUGAUGGGAUACUGCCAAAUGUGAUGAAGGAGCUGAAUCAAGUAAGCAACAACCUCAGGGUUGUGAAGGUUGCAAGAAGUGAUGAGGACUGUGCAGAGGUUACUCUAGUGGAUGCCUACAACAACACUAGAAGGCACACAGUUGACCUAAAAAACCAUAACUGCUCUUGCAGAGUUUGGCAGGUAACUGAAAAACCUUGUCAUCAUGCUCUAGCCUGGAUCUUGUCUAAUAGAGGUGUACAGAUCUCAGACUUUGUACAUGAUUACUACUCUGUGGCUAAGUUCAAGGCAGCAUAUCAAGGCAGUGUCACUACAAUGUCAGAUAGGUCCCAGUGGCCUGAAGUUGAUCUUGGUUUCCAAGUGUGGCCAUCACUACAGACAAGGGCACCAGGCAGGCCGAAAGUCCAGAGAAUCAGAGGAGCUCUUGAGAAAGGACCCAAAAAGAAGGUUAGAUGCUCCAGAUGCAAAGGCUAUGGACACUUUGCCAAGACUUGCAAACUUGCAAAACCAGCAGAAGAUGUUGCUCCAGAAACACCAACCAAGAGGAAAUGGCAGCCAGAUGAUGAAGGAACUUCUGGUCCACCAAAGAAGAAGAAGAAGACUCCCAAGAAGAAGCCAGCUAAGAAGAAAACUCCUAAGAAGAAGAAGACUCCUAAGAAGAAGAAAACUCCAAAGAAGAAGAAGAAGCAGACACAAGCAGCCGCAGCUCCACCUCGUACAACAGUUAGAAGCCUGAGAGAUUGGCUCGGCAUGUGA